GGUCAUUUACACACUUUACCCACAGGACAAACAUUUCUGAAAUAAUCCUUUAGUUGGAUAUCACGCUGCUGUACAUACAGUGCUACUAAACUUUUAAAACAUGAGUACAAAGUUAUAAAUAAGUCACAAUUAACAGCUGACGUUUGAGCCCAAAACAUAAACAGAGAACAGUGUUUUUUACGAGGAAACCCGUCUGUCUGUUAAACUGUGCGCGCACUGCUCCUUGGUGGUUGUUGGGCCUGGAGCUGUGCUCGUCUGGUUUAGGAGUAUGUCGCCAUCUAGUGGCAAUAAUCACACAUUACAGUCUGACAGAGGCAGACUGGCAUUUCUUCCGCAUUUGCAGCGUUUAAUGUACCGCAGACGGAAAGUUUACUUAUGCUUGAAGUGACUUUAUCAGACGGUGCCGUAAUAAUGUAGAAUUAAACGUAGUUCAAGUUCAUGUGUUUCAUACUGAAGAAUCUUCUUGUUUCCUGUAUUACUGUUAUGAACUCCGCGUAACGUGCGUAAAGUGGACACGGAGUCUUUGGAAUCCGUUAAAGAGUGUCAUAAGAGGGCGUUUAGAAAACGGAAGUACAGUGCAGUGACACAUUAACCCUCCCACGGGUGGGUAGAAAACUGACUUGAAUACUGUGCUCCGCUCUCGAAACUCCUACUCUGAUUCACCGCAGUGAAGCGCUCAUGUGGGGACCGCACCGCUGUGAUCUGAGUAGAUACACAGAAAGGAUCAAUUAAUUGUCGGGAUCGCGCUCACCUCGCUCCCACGUGGAGUGAAACCCUUCAUAUGACGCAAGAAAGCGACAGGGACGGAGGAGACCACGGGUCACUUUGAAUCAUGGCCCCACAUCCUGUAAUCCAGGCAAUCAUUGACUUCUCAGCUGGAGCAGCAGGCGGCACCGCGUGCGUGCUGAGCGGGCAGCCGUUCGACACCACCAAGGUGAAGAUGCAGGCGUUCCCCGCCGCGUACCGCGGCUUUGUGCACUGCUUCGUGUCCACCCUCAGACAGGUGGGCGUCCGCGGCCUCUACAGAGGCACGACGCCAGCGCUCAUCGCCAACAUCAGCGAGAACGCCGUGCUCUUCCUGAGUUACGGCCUCUGCCAGGAUGCGGUGCGCUUCGUGUCCAGACUGGAUAAAGGGGCGCAGCUCAGUGAUCUUCACAAGGCGUCAGCAGGGUCCCUGGCCUCCAUCUUCUCCUCCAUGGCCAUAUGCCCCACCGAGCUGGUGAAAUGCCGCCUGCAGGCCAUGCAUGAGAUGGAAGCCUCGGGCAGGAUCGCGGGCGGACAGAGGAGCACCGUGUGGACGGUGGUGAAAACGGUGAUGAAGGACAACGGCCCCCUUGGGUUCUACCAGGGCCUCACAUCCACCAUCGUGAGGGAGAUUCCGGGAUACUUCUGCUUCUUUGGAGCCUAUGAACUGUGUCGCUCCACAUUCGCCCGACACAUGGGCACAGACAAGGAGGGAAUAGGGAUUCUUCCUCUCAUGUUCAGCGGUGGAUUUGGGGGCGCCUGCCUGUGGCUGGUGGUCUACCCCAUCGACUGUGUGAAGUCCAGGAUCCAGGUGUACUCGCUGGCUGGGACGCAGCCGGGCUUCAUGAAGACCUUCAUGGGCAUCUUACGCACUGAGGGCUUCGUCACUCUGUACUCGGGUUUGACUCCCACCAUGAUACGCACCUUCCCCGCCAACGGAGCGCUCUUCCUGGCUUAUGAGUGGAGUCGCAAGUUCCUGAUGGAAGCAGCUGGAGCCUGACGACGCCCAACAAAUAUUUAACUGUUUUAACAGUUAACUGUUGUUGUUGUUGUGCCGUGAUGUAACAGUGAUGCUGUUUUACGGUAUAGCUGUAUUAAACCAUACUAGCUUUGUCACUGUGCUGGUCACAGUGACUCAAAACAAA